AUGAGACCUGCUUCUACAAUUUCAGUAUUACCAAAAGUGGAUCAAAAGACGACAUCAAGAAAAAAAUCAACUCAUUAAUCACUUUUUUAGCCUAUUUCAAAACCUUCUGCUUCAUCAAUUGAAACUCCUGACUAACAAUUAAAGAAAACUUAAGUUUUGGAGUCAUUAGGAUUCUAUGAAAAAUGUAGAAUUUAUUUUAAGAAUAGAACUGAUGGCUUUAAAAGGAACUAGUUAGUAAUAGAGUGAAGUAGAGGCUAUGUUUAAACAACUAAACAAAUUUGCAAUGAAAUUAAUAGAAAAACAUGGACUUCAUGAGACAUGUAUAAUGAUUCUUUAGUGGAUUAUAUAACAUUAAUCAUUUUAAGAAAUUCCAACUCAGAUGUACGUAUGCAAUAUCUUAUUUUAAUAGUUGUUUAGCCUAUAAUAAUUUAGGUUGUGUUUAUCGUAGGAUUGGAUAAACACAAUUAGCAUUUAAUGCUUUAGAGAAUGCUCUACAAUUAGUCUAGAUGUAUGAUUAGUUAAAGUUAGAGACAAUAACAUAUUUGAACAUUACAACUGUUUUAAGUUAAAUGAAUAUGUAUAAAUAAUUUCUAUGUAUGAAAGGCAUGAUAAAGCUUUAAAGGCUUCAUAAAAAGCAAUUUAAGCUGGUAAGAAGGAAUUUGAUCCUAAUUCUAUUGAAAAUGUAAGAUAUUUGGCUUUGGCUAAUUUUAAUUAUGCAUUUGAAUUAGAGUCAUUAGAUCAUUUGGAGGAAGCUGUAAAACAAUAUAAAAGAUCAUUAUAAUUUGUACUUGAACAUUUAGGUAAUCAUGAUCCUUUGUUUUAAAAAUUUCAUAGUCAACAUCAUUAAGCUAAGUAAAAGUUGAUUAUAACAAUGAAUUAAUAAUAACCAGGUCUUUUUAAAACAGUUUUAUAACUAAAGAAAUAAUAUGAAGUUCCAAUAGAUGAAAGUUUUUAAUAAACUACUCCAUAAUGUUAAACUAGAAAAUUUAACCUUUAAAAAAAAAAUAAUUAUAUGGAAGAUUCUAGUUUUAGGAGAGAUAGUAGUGCAACAAUUAAAAAAGGAAUGACAGAUGAUGAAUUUGUUUAACAUCAAAAACCUAUGGAAAUAAAGGAAGAGGUGAAAUAAAUGGAGAUGAAUUUAAAAGAGGAAGAUAUUCAAUAGAAAAAAUAAGUUUAGAUAGUUAAUAAGAAAUUGAGUUAAAUAGAAUAGAUAUAAUUGGAAUAAUGGUCAAAUUCAGAGCCAUCUGAUACAGAGAUUAAAAAGUAAAGACUUAAUGAAAAAACUUCAGAAAUAAAGUUAACUUAAACAAAAACAUUUACUAAGGAAUAAAGAUUAAAUUUUUUGAAUAAAUAAAAUACGUCUAAAUAAAAAGUAGAUGAUAAUUUAUUAGAGAAAGAAUAAUAGAUUAUAAGAGAAAUUGAGGAAUAGAUAUACAAUGCCAAUAGUAUAGCAAAAAUUUAAGCUUAAAUAAGAAUGAAAAAAGAGAGGAAGAAAUAUUAUUGUCUUAAGAAAGCUAAGAAGGAUUAAGGAGAAUUAUUACCUUCAGAUGAAUUAAAAUUAAAGAAAUUUUAGAGAUUUAUAAAAAGGAAAUUAUAAGAGUUGAAGAUGAGAAACAUUACAAGAAAAAUAGUUUAAAAAAAUAGAUUAAAGAAAUAUCCAAAUACUGAAAAUUAGGCUUAUAAGCGAAUUAUAUCUUUAUUAGAAGCAUAUAAAGCUUAUAAACGAAUGCUCUUACACAAAUAUAUACUUAAAACAAGAUAAUUUUAAACUUUGAGAUAAAGUUUUUGUCAUCCUAAUUAAAUGAUUCAUGAGAAAAUAGAGCCAUUAAAGGAUUCUUAUAUAUUUACUUUUGGGAUUACAAAUGAUGAUUCUUUUGUGCGUUUUUCUUUAGUGCAUGGAGUUAAGAAUAAGAGAAAAGAAUAAUCAUACUAUUUUGAGAUGGAUACUUAAAGUUUUUUAAAAUCUCUUGGUUUAUUACAUUAAUAUAUAGAUGAAUUAGAAUGUUUUAUAAUAGAGGAGAACUAAUUAUUAAGGAAUCUAAAGAAUCUAUAAACAGUAUCAUAAUAAUUUAUAAUAAUGAAUGAAGUUGAUGGAAAAUAUGUAGUAAGAUGUUUAGCAGAAUUUUAAACUUAAUUUCGAUUGGCCCUUUAAAGAACAGCUGUGAUAAUAUAAGAAUUAAUUUUGAUUGAAAAUAAUAAGUUGUAUAUAUAGGGGAUAAAUAAUUUUGAGUAUAAUGAUUUAGUUCCAUUUGAAGAAGAGAUUAGAGUAGUUAAGCCACCUCUUUAUACAAAAUAAUUGCUUUAAAAUGAAUUAAUAGCAAUAAAAUUUAUAUAAUCAUUUAUGAAAGGAUAUUUACAAAGAUUAAGGAUAAAAAAAUGGGUAAAUUAAAAAUAAAAGUAAAUUUAUUCAACAAAAUUAAUAAAAACAGUAACUGGUCAUUACAUAAAGAUUGUUAAAGCAUAACAUAUGAUGAAUAAGAAGCAUUAUUUAUAUAUAAUAAAUUAUGAAACACAAAAGAAAUCAAAUGAUUUGGAAAUCAAAUCGAUAGUAUUUUAAAAUUUAGGUGAGAUAAAUAAAGAUAAUAUAUAUGAAAUAUUGAAAAUAGAUUUGGAUGGACCAAGUAUAGAAUAUAGUGAUGAAGCUAAUUAUUGGGUGUAAAAAUAGGAAGAUUAUUAGAAAAGAGGAGGAAAGGAAGAGUAUACAACAAAGAAUAAAGAUGAAUCUAUAGUAUUAAUAUAGAGAGCAGUAUUACGUUACUUAUUGAAACGACGAUGUUUGAUAAAGAAGAUAAAUAGAAGUAGAUUUAAUGUUGGUGAGUAAAAGGAUGUAGAGAGAGAAAUUUUGGUAAGAAGGGCUAUUAUUUAUGGAUAAGAUAUGAAUUCAAGGGCUUGUUUAACAACAUUAUAUUUGGAAAUAGAGAGAACAGAUCCAACUACUUCUUUGAUGGGUUAAAGUGAAUAUUAAAGUGUUUUAAUAACUUCAAAAAAUUUAGAACAUGUUUAUGCUUUUGAUAAAUGUGUACCAUUUUAUUAAAAAUUAUUUUAUCCAUUAUCAAGAACUGAAAUAAUAACAGUAGCUUAAAGAAUGGUAGAGGUAACACGAAUAAUUAAAAAUAAAAAAGGAGAAUAAAAGGUUGAAUGUAAAAGUGUUGAUUAAGUUCAUGGUGAAAUAUUAUCUUUAUAAGGAGAAGAGGAUGAUGUUAAUUAAAAGAAGGAGACAACUCUAGAAGCAAGAUUGAAAAUUGGAUCAACUUUAAGGGAUAAAUAUUUAUUAUAAUACGUUUCCUGUUUAGAAGAUCCUCCAGAAAUGAGAUUAAAUCAUUCAGCAGAUGAUAAUAAAUAAAAAAAUUUUGUAUCUGCUCUUUAGAAUGUAUUUCGGGAUUUUAAAAUUUAACUUGCUUAAUAAAUUAAAACUACAAAACAUGUAGAUGAGGAAGAUGAAACUUCAAUUAAAGCUUAUGUUUAAAAUGUUUUACCUACUACAGAAUAUGGUACUAAUCCUAAUUUAUUCAAUGAUAUAAAUCCAGAGUAAUUAUCUAUUAAUGAUGUUAAAUCAUAAUUAUCAACUAAAGAAGAUAUGGAAUUUGUAACUGAUUUUAAUCUAACAUUUUAUGAUGGGUAAUUCAAAUUGUAAAUCUUUUAUCAAAUCAAUACUUAAUUAUUUGUAAUUCAUGGAGAAAAUAUUUAUACUGCUAAAACAUAUAAGGCUACAAUAUUAAAAUCAGAUCUUGUUAAUAAUUAUGAACUCCCUUAUUCAUAUAUUAAAGAAAAUCCUUAAAAUACUAUUUUACCAUUAAUUGAUUUUCAAGAUGAGAAGUUUAUAUUCUCAAAAGAUGAAAUUAAAUUAUAAAAAAUUGUUGAUGACUAUUUAGCAUAUGAAUUCAAUGAAGCUAAAUCUUCAAAAAAGGGAUAACCAAUUGAUUAAGAAAUAGAGGAAGUUCAUCCUGAUCAAAUGACUGAUAAAGUUGUGAUUGCUAUCUAUCAAAAAGAUAUUAGUACUUUAUUCUAUGAAUUUCAUAGAGAAUAAAUGAUUGUUAAAAUAAUCAUUCAUUUUAAUAAUACUAAUGAAAAACGUGUGAUUGAAAUUGAUACACAUCAUUUUUAAUCUAAAUAUGUUGAUGAAAGAUUAAAAGAUUUAAGUAAUAAAAGAAUUAUUAAAUUCUUUAAAGAAUUCUCUAGAACUAUUACUAAAGUAAUUACUAUCAAUGAAAAAGAUCAUAGUCAUAAUUUUGAAGAGUUAAGAGGUGAUUUAUCUUUAUUUUUAAGAGAAAAAUUUGUUUAAAAAAUUUAAGGAAUGUUAAUGGUCAAAAGAAUGGUAGAGAAAUUUAAAUUGUAUAAAUAAUUAAAACGUUCUAAAAUUCAUAUACAUAAGUUUAUUUUAAAUAAUGGCUAACAUUAUAUAGAAAUUGCUUAUUUUUUAAUUAAAUAAUCUGGUAAUCUAUAACUCAAUAUGCGUGAAUUAACUUUUGUUACUCCAUAGGGUCAUCUUGUUGAAAGAAGUAAAACUCUAAAGAGUAAAAGAAGAUUAAGAGAAAAAUAAUUUAUUAUCAAUUUAGAUAAAAUAUCAUAAUAAAGUGAUUAAUUAAUUAAUUCAUAAACUAAAAAAUAAGAUUAAUUAGAUUUAUAGAGAAUUGAUUUUGCAAUCUUCUCCCAUUAUGAUAAAAUGAAAACUAUUGAAUAUUAUAGAUCACUAAUGACUCCAUUAAUCUUACUAAUAUAAAAGAACCUUGUUGUCAAUUUCAAUAAGUUUCAAUUUUCAUUAACUCUUCCUAUCACUAUGAUAGAAAGCCAUAUAACCAAGAAAAAAAAGAAGAAUCAAUCUCAUGAAACUAAAUUUUAAUUAAUGACUUUUGCAGUUAUUGCUACUCAAUCUACAUUUAGAAAAAAACUAUUAAAGAAAUGGUUAUAAACUAAGUUAGCUAGAAAAAGAUAAAUUGAAGAAAAGAAUAAACACUUAGGAGAAUUUAUUAAAAGAUCUUUUAAAUAAAUAAGAGAAGAUGAUGAAAAUCAUUUUUAUAUUGUAAAUGUAUACAAAUAACCAGGUAAGAUUCCAAAUUAAACAAUAUAUACUUUUGAAUUAAUACCUAUAAAUAAAAGUUAAAGAAAAACUAAAAUGAGAGCCUCUUAUCCUCAUGAUAAUUUUUAAUUAAUUGAUAUAGGUGCAUAAUCUUUAGUAAAUCAUUUUAUCAAUAAAAUUUAUAUUGAGAGAGGUAUAAUAAAAUUUGAUGAAUAUGCAUUUUAAAAAGUAUAAGAUGAUGGAAUUUCAACAACAUUUGAUGAAUUUGUUUAAAAUGAAUAAUAAAAUAUAAUGGUUGAUGAAAAAAUGAUUGAAAAAGAUGUAUAAGAAAUAUUAGUUGAUUAGGAAAAAUAAGGAAAUACUCUAAUCAAUAUUGUAUAUACUAAUUCAAAAUAAAUAUUAGAGAAGAAAUCAUAUGAUGAUUCUUAAAAUAAUGUAACCAAAUUGUAAGUUGAUUUAUCAAGUGUAAAAAAGUUAUAUCCGAAUUUUAAUGUAAAAGAUACAAAUACAGUUAAAAUUUUAAGUUAAAAUUUGAUAAAAGGAGUUAGAAUGGAUUAAUUUGCAGGAAGUCUUCUUAUUGAUAAAAGUAGAAUUCAAUCAUCAUUAAUAAAUCCUCUUAGUAUUGGAGGAGGUAGAUUGGAAUCAUAAAUCUAAUCAUAACUUUAGAUUCCAUCUAUGAUUAAUAGAGGUAUGCGUUUAUCUUAAAAACCUUAUGCAACAAAUGUGCUUGCAAAAGAAACAUUAUAUUACACUGGAAAGAAAUACUUAAUUGUUAUAAGUUCAGUGAAAAAUAAGAUACAAAAAAUAUUAAAUUAAGAUAGGGAUUCAGUAUUUGAAGAUCAUGAAAGAAUAUUAGAAAUCAAAGCUCAAAAUUUAAAAGAAAGAUAGGAACCAUUUUAUUGGUAUUUGACACCAGAUGAUGCUGAGAUUCUAACUCAUGAGAAGAGUCCAGAAAAUAUGGCUAAGAUUUUAACUAAGAAUUUAUAAAUAAUAAAUUCAAAAUUUAUAUAUUUAUGUUUUAAUUAAUAGGAUUAAUAAUCAGUAAAAUUGAAGGCAGAAGACAAUGUAAUUUUAUUUGUUGAAAGUACUAUAAGACCUAUGCAAAUGAAGUUUAGAAAUAGGAAAAUCUAAUCUAAUUAUAAAGAAUAUAAAAGGAUUUUUGUUAGAUGUAAGGCGGAUGGAACCUUAAUUUUGAGAACUAUAAAUAAUUUAAAUACAACGAAGAGUGUGUUUGUGAUAUUGUUUAUUGAAGAGAAGGAAUCGUUUGUGUAAAUGAAAACUUGGGAUGCAACAGAAUAGAUGUAUUUCUGUGAAACGGAAUUGAAUUUAAAAAAGGUAAACGUGGUUAUAUAUUAUAUUAGUAUAUAUCGAUUUAUUUUUAGGAUAAAUAAAAAUGUUUGAAAGCUUUAUUACAUUUUUUAGAAUUCCGUAGUGAACAGAAUAAGAUUUAGUUUUUGCAUCCAAAACCAGAAUAAGUUUAGGAUUAUUUUGAGAAAGAAAAGAAAUUAUCAAUACAUUCAUCAUCAAGAAUAGGUUCACCAACAAAAUCUGUAGAUUAAAACAAUGAGCAACCUUUAUAAUUCUUUUAAUAGGAACAUACACCAUUGUAAUCACCUAUGGUUGUAAUUGAUAAUUUAAAUGAUGAUGCAAUUGAAGAAGGUUUAGAAGAAGAAAAGAAUAAUGUUAUUUAAGAAUGAU